UAACACAGUUCGCAGCCCACAGAGUCCGAAGACACUUAGCCAUGAUGAGACUGUUGGCUAUUUUUGCUGUGGUUGUUUUGGCUUCUGCUAAGCCACACCAUUCUAAUCAUGGUCACCACCAUUCGACUGGCGUUCAAUCAGUACAGACGCACGGACUGCCUCGACAGUGGGUAGGAACCGAGGAGUGUGGGCUCGCGUCUUCGAAUCGCCGCCGCUCCCCUGGCAAGCACAUUGUUGGGGGUGAUAACGCAGCAGAGUACGAGUUCCCGUGGCAGGUUCAGUCAUUGUACAACGGAAAUCAUGAUUGCGGCGGCGCUUUGGUCCAAGGCAAAACUGGGAAAUUCUUUGUUAUCAGUGCUGCCCACUGUUUUGACGGCUAUCCACUAAACCGGUUUUCCGCCCGACUCGGAGUGUACAACAAGGACGCGAGUGAGCCCGAGGUACAGGAGUUCUCGUACACCAAGGUGGACGUGCACCCCAACUACGACACGAACACCCUGGAAAACGACGCCGUCGUCCUGGAACUGGACGUGUCGAAGCAGGCCGUCAACACCUCGCUGAGAGGAAUCAAACCAAUAUGUCUGCCCGUGUCAGACCCGGACGUGGGAACGAUUGUAAAAGUGUCUGGUUGGGGCACAACAACGGAGGGAGGAAGCACGCCCAGCAUUCUACAGGUUGCCGAGAAGCCCAUACUUGAGGACAAUGAGUGCACGAAGGCCUAUGGUAAUGAAUACAAGGCAAGCACAAUGAUCUGUGCUGGAGUUCUGUCGGGCGGAGUUGACUCAUGUCAGGGCGACAGUGGUGGACCUUUAUUCCAAGCGGAUCAUGAAAACAGGGGUGGAAGGAAUGAACUUUAUGGUAUUGUGAGCUGGGGAAAUGGCUGUGCUAGAGCUGGCUAUCCAGGAAUCUAUGCAAGGGUUACCACGUUUCUCACCUGGAUAGGUGGCAUCAUAGAUGCCUGAUGUUGCAGACGGACACAUGCUGUUCAGCAGGAUGAUAGUUUCGUAUUAAAAGAGCUCUGGACAAGU